AUGAACAUUUUUCCAACCAACAAUGGUAAAUCAUGUAUGAGUCCUGGAGAACUCCUUCAUGGCUCUGUCCACACACCCAUGGGUGUCAUGUUUGGGUCAACAAUUACAUAUUCUUGUGAUAAAGGAUACCGACUCAUUGGUGUCAAAUCUUCCACAUGUAUUAUCUCAGGCAAUACUGUAACCUGGGAUGAAGACAUGCCUAUUUGUGAAUCUAUUCCUUGUAAGCCACCCCCAUCCAUCCCCAAUGGGGACUAUUAUAGCAGCAGUAGAGAGGAUUUUUACUAUGGAAUGGUCGUGACUUAUCAGUGCCAUGUUGGACGGAAUGGGAAAAAGCAGUAUGACCUCGUGGGUGAGAAGGCAAUAUAUUGCACCAGCAAUGACAGUCAAGUUGGCAUCUGGAGUGGCCCUGCUCCUCAGUGUAUUAAUCUAGUCAAAUGCCCAUUUCCAGAAGUUGAAAAUGGAAUUGUGGAAUCUGGAUAUAGACGUUCAUUUUCCUUAAAUGAUACUGUGAUGUUUAAGUGUAAGCCUGGCUUUACCAUGAAAGGCAGCAACGAGGUAUGGUGCCAACCAAACAGUAAAUGGGAUCCUCCACUGCCAAGGUGUUUCAAGGGGUGUCUACCACCUCAACGUAUCCACCAUGGUAAUUAUAACAAAAUGGAUAAGGAAUUUUUUGCAAUUGGACAGGAAGUGUCCUACAGCUGUGAGCCUGGCUACACUCUUAUUGGACCUAAUGCUAUACAGUGUACAUCAUUGGGAACCUGGAGCCAAACAACCCCCAAAUGUGAAGCCAAAUCAUGUGAUACCGUUCCAAACCAACUUCUCAAUGGCCAGGUGGUGACUCCUUCUACUCUACAGCUUGGGGCAGAGGUUUCUUUUGUUUGUGAUGAGGGGUACCGGUUAAAUGGCAAAUCUUCUAGUCAGUGUGUCUCAGAAGGAAUGAGAGUACUCUGGAAUAAUAAGUUUCCUGUCUGUGAACGGAUUCUUUGUGACCCUCCUCCUAGUAUCCAAAAUGGUCGGAACAGUUAUUUUUCUGGCCCUAUACCUCUCAACACUGUGGUGAGGUACUCUUGUUUCCAUAACUUCCGCAUCAUUGGAGAAAAGACUCUUUUUUGUAUACCUAAAGACCAAGAGAAAGGAAUCUGGGAUAAAGCUGCUCCUACCUGUGAAUAUUUCAACAGAAAUUCUGUUUGCCCUGAGCCCAUAGUGCCAGGGGGACACAAAGAUAAAACAUCGAGACCACCGUACAGACACGGUGAUUCUGUGACAUUUACCUGUAACGCCAACUUCACCAUGAAAGGAAACAAGUCUGUUUGGUGCCAAGCAAAUAAAACGUGGGGGCCGACACCGCUCCCCACCUGCGAGAGCGAUUUCCCCCUGGACUGUCCACCACUUCCCAUGAUCCCCAAUGGACAUCACACAGGACAGGAUGUUGGCCCCUUUGUCCCUGGAUUCUCUGUGACUUACAGCUGUGAACCUGGUUAUUUGCUUGUUGGAGAAAGGACUAUCCGUUGUUUGUCAUCAGGAAACUGGAGUGCUGUCAUUCCAAAAUGUGAAGGCAUCCUUUGCCCACCACCUCCGUCUAUUCCCAAUGGAACACAUACAGGCAGCCCUGCAGCGAACUUUCCGUAUCGAAGCACAGUCACUUACACGUGCGACCCAGGCCCAGAGCCAGGAGUGGACUUCAUCCUGACUGGGGAGAGAGUUCUCCGUUGUACCUCCGAUAGUCAGAAGGCUGGGGUCUGGAGUCCCCAAGCUGCCCCACGCUGCGAACUUGCUGUUUCUGGGAUUCAGUGUGCACCGCCCCAGAUCCUAAGAGGCCAAAUAUUGUCUGGGCAGAAGGAUCAAUAUUCCUAUAAUGACACUGUGGUAGUUGCUUGCUCGAUUGGCUUCACCUUGAAAGGCCCCAGGAAAAUGCGAUGUAGUGCCCGAGGCACAUGGGAGCCAUCGGCACCAGUCUGUGAAAAGGAUUGCCAAGCUCCCCCUAAAAUCCCCAACGGACAAAAGGAAGAGAGACGCGGGACCCGCUAUGAGCCUGGAACAUCCAUAAAAUACAGCUGUGACCUUGGCUAUGUGCUGGUGGGCGCGGAAUCCAUACAUUGUACCUCUGAUGGGAUGUGGACACCCUCCGUCCCCAAAUGCAAAGUCGCAGAAUGUGAACAUGUAGGAACACAUCUCUAUAAAAUACCCCGAAAUCAGGUUAUUAGACCAGAUGUUAACUCUUCUUGCGAUGAAGGGUUCCGGCUAGGUAGCAGUGUUUAUCAACAAUGUCGAGGCACCACUCCUUGGUUUAUAGAGAUUCGUCUUUGUGACGAAAUCACCUGCCCAAAGCCCCCUGAUAUCUACAAUGGGAAACACACAGGGGGUUCCUCAGAAGACUUCACAUAUGGGACCACCGUCACUUAUACAUGUAACCCUGGGCCAGAGGAAGGAGUCAAAUUCAACCUCAUUGGGGAGAGCACCAUCCGUUGUAUAAGCAACCAUGAAGAGAAGGGCGUCUGGAGCGGCUCUGCUCCCCUCUGUAAACUUUCCCUCCCUGCUGUUCAGUGCUCACUUCCCCACAUCGCAAAUGGAUUCAAGAUAUCGGGCAAGGAAGCCCCGUAUUUCUACAACGACAGUGUGACAUUCAAGUGUGACAAUGGAUUUACUUUGAAGGGCAGCAGUCAGAUUCGUUGCAAAGCCAAUAACACCUGGGAUCCUGAAAAACCGGCUUGUGAAAAAGAGUGCCAGCCCCCGUCUAGGCUCCACCACGGCCGGCAUACAGGUGGAAGCAGGGUCCUCUUUGUCCCUGGGAUGACUGUAGACUACACCUGUGACCCCGGCUACUUGCUGGUGGGGAACAAAUCCAUCCACUGUAUGCCUUCAGGAAAUUGGAGUCCUUCUGCCCCUCGGUGUGAAGAAGCACCGUGUCGGCCUGUGGGAGAAGGCGUCCAGGGGCUUCCAGCCGAUGCGCACGUGACUCCGGUUAAUAAAUCCUGUCAAGACGGGUACCAGCUGACUGGGUACACUUAUCACAAGUGUGAAGGUGCUGAAAAUGAAGUUUGGUUCCAAAAGAUUCCAGUCUGUGAAGCUCUUCGCUGUCCACCUCUACCAAUGAUUUACAAUGGGAGACACACGGGUGUGAUGGCAGAACACUUCCUAUAUGGAACUGAAGUCUCUUAUGAAUGUGACCAAGGAUUCUCUCUUCGGGGAGAGGAAAGUAUUCGAUGCAUAAGUGAUUCUAAAGGACGUGGAUCUUGGAGUGGACUUCCCCCACAGUGCUUAAAAUUGCCUCCUGUGACCCACUGCCCUAACCCAGAAAUCAAACAUGGAUACAAGCUAAAUAAAACUCAGUCAUCGUAUCCCCACAAUGCCAUCAUAGACAUUGCCUGCAACCCUGGUUUCAUCAUGAAUGGAAGUAACUUGAUUAAGUGUCAUACCAAUAACAAAUGGGUUCCAGGCGUACCAACCUGUAUCAAAAAGGAGGUAAACUGUAGCUUCCCAGAGUAUAUGCAUGGAAUUCAGAAGGGGCUGGAAUCUGCAAAAAAUUACCAAUAUGGGGCAGUUGUUACUCUGGAGUGUGAAGACGGAUAUACUCUGGAAGGCAGUCCCCAGAGCCAGUGCCAGGAGGAUCAUGGAUGGAACCCUCCCCUGGCUGUUUGCAAAUCACAAGGUCAGUGCACAGCCCCAGCACAUCUUCCAACUGCCAUGCGUAUAACACCGACUGACGAGGCUGAGUUUCCCAUUGGAACACGUUUGCAAUAUAAAUGCCGCCUUGGUUACAAGAAGAAUUUUUUCUCUAUCACCUGUCUAGAAGGCUCUGUGUGGUCAAGCCCUAAAAAGUGUUUUCGUAAAUCAUGUGAAUCUCCUCCAGAACUCAUAAAUGGCAAAAUGGAAAUAAUUGGAGAAGGCACCCAGUUUGGAUCAACCAUUAAGUAUUCUUGUAAUGAAGGAUACCGACUCGUUGGUGAGGCCGUUAUUACCUGCAUCAUCAUGGAUGAGAACACCGUCUCCUGGGAUGAUAAAGCACCUGUUUGUCAGAGUAUUUACUGUAAGCCACCCCCAACCAUCGCCAACGGAUAUUUCUCUGACAGCGACAGAGAUUAUUUUCAAUAUGGGGCGGCGGUGACCUAUCGCUGCAACUCUGACAAUAGAAGGGAAAGGUUUGUCCUCGUGGGAGAGCCAUCAAUCUACUGCACCAGCCAAGGUCAAGUGGGCACCUGGAGCGGCCCUGCCCCCCAGUGCAUCAUACCUAACAAAUGCACGCCUCCAGAGGUGGAAAACGGAAUCAGGGUGUCUGGGAACAAAAGCUUGUUCUCCUUAAACGAAGUCGUGAUGUUCAGGUGUGAGCCUGGCUUUGUCAUGAAAGGACCCUACAGUGUGCACUGCGGGGCCCAGAACAGAUGGGAGCCCGAGCUGCCCAGCUGCUCCCGGGUUUGUCAGCCGCCUCCAGAAAUCCUGCAUGGAAAGCACAACCUCAGCAACAGGGGCGCCUUCUCCCCUGGGCAGGACGCGACGUACAGCUGUGAGCCCGGCUACGACCUCCGAGGGGCUGCCUCUCUGCGCUGUGCGCCCCAGGGACACUGGAGCCCAGCAGCCCCCACAUGUGCAGUGAAAUCAUGUGCUGCCUUCCUGGACCAGCUUCCUAAUGGCCGUGUGCUCCCCCCAUUUAAUCUCGAGCUGGGGGCAAAAGUGACCUUCGUUUGUGAUGAGGGAUUCCAACUCAGAGGCAGCUCUGCUAGUCAUUGUGUCUUGGUUGGAACGGAAAGCCUUUGGAACGGCAGUGUCCCUGCGUGUGAACAAAUCUUAUGUCAAAAGCCUCCAGAUAUCCGCAAUGGAAGACACACAGGAAAACCUCUGGAAAUCUUUCCUUUUGGAAAAGAAGUAACUUACACAUGUGACCCCCACCCAGACAGACGGAUGAACUUGAGCCUCCUUGGGGAGAGCACCAUCCAUUGCACAAGCGACAGUCAAGGCAAUGGGAUCUGGAGCGGCCCUGCCCCUCGCUGUGGACUCCCAGGUUACUGUAAUGCUCCAGAUAAAUUUCCAUUUGCCCGGUUGAAAGUCCAAACCAAUCAAUCUGCCUUUCCUGUCGGGACAACUCUAAAGUAUGCAUGCAGCCCUGAGUACUACGGGUGGCCAUUCUCUAUCAGGUGCUUAGACAGCCUGGAGUGGUCACCUGCCAAGCAUGGCUGUAAACGUAAAGUAUGUACAACUCCUCCAGAUCCUGUGAAUGGCAUGACGCACAUAGACACGGACACCCAGCUCGGAUCCAGAAUUAAUUAUUCUUGUAAUACAGGGUAUCAACUCAUUGGUCCCUCAUCUGCCAAAUGCAUCAUCUCAGGCAAUACUGCCAUUUGGGAUAUGGAGCCACCAGUCUGUCAACGCAUUCACUGUAAGCCACCGCCAACCAUCGCCAACGGAUAUUUCUCUGACAGAGGCAGAGAUUACUUUGAAUAUGGGGCGGCGGUGACCUAUCGCUGCAACUCUGACAAUAGAAGGGAAAGGUUUGUCCUCGUGGGAGAGCCAUCAAUCUACUGCACCAGCCAAGGUCAAGUGGGCACCUGGAGCGGCCCUGCCCCCCAGUGCAUCAUACCUAACAAAUGCACGCCUCCAGAGGUGGAAAACGGAAUCAGGGUGUCUGGGAACAAAAGCUUGUUCUCCUUAAACGAAGUCGUGAUGUUCAGGUGUGAGCCUGGCUUUGUCAUGAAAGGACCCUACAGUGUGCACUGCGGGGCCCAGAACAGAUGGGAGCCCGAGCUGCCCAGCUGCUCCCGGGUUUGUCAGCCGCCUCCAGAAAUCCUGCAUGGAAAGCACAACCUCAGCAACAGGGGCGCCUUCUCCCCUGGGCAGGACGCGACGUACAGCUGUGAGCCCGGCUACGACCUCCGAGGGGCUGCCUCUCUGCGCUGUGCGCCCCAGGGACACUGGAGCCCAGCAGCCCCCACAUGUGCAGUGAAAUCAUGUGCUGCCUUCCUGGACCAGCUUCCUAAUGGCCGUGUGCUCCCCCCAUUUAAUCUCGAGCUGGGGGCAAAAGUGACCUUCGUUUGUGAUGAGGGGUUUCAUUUAAAGGGAAGUUCUUCUAGUUACUGUGUCCUGAUUGGAAUGGAAAGCCUUUGGAAUAACAGUGCUCCUGUGUGUCAACAAAUCUUUUGUACAAAUCCUCCCACUAUUCUUAAUGGAAAGCACACAGGAACUUCUAUGGGAGACAUUCCCUAUGGGAAAGAAAUAUCUUACACAUGCGACUCCCACCCAGGCAGAGGGGUGACCUUCAGUCUCAUUGGGGAGAGCACCAUCCGCUGCACAAAUGACAGUCAAGGGAAUGGGAUCUGGAGCGGCCCUGCCCCGCGCUGUGAACUUUCUGUUCCUGUUGGUUACUGUAAAGCUCCAGAACCAUUUCCAUUUGCCACGCCUACGGCCCUAACUGAUGAGUCUGAGUUUCCAGUUGGGACGUCUUUGAACUAUAAAUGCUCCCCUGGGUAUUUUGAGAAUACGUUCUCUAUCACCUGCUUAGAAAAUUUGGUCUGGUCCAGUGCUGAAGAUUUCUGUAGACGAAAAUCAUGUGGAACUCCACCAGAACCCGUCCAUGGCAUGGUGCAUUUAAACGCAGAUACCCACUUUGGAUCAACAGUUACUUAUUCUUGCAAUGAAGGGUAUCGACUCAUUGGCUCCCCAUCGGCUGCUUGUCUCCUCUCAGGCACUACUGUCACUUGGAAUAAGGAGCCACCUGUUUGUGAGAGUAUAUCUUGCGAGCCACCCCCAACCAUAUUCAAUGGAAACUUCUCCAGCAGCAGUGGAAAUGUUUUUCAAUAUGCCACAGUGGUAACUUACCAGUGUUACACUGGGCCGUAUGGAGAAAAGCUGUUUGACCUCGUGGGAGAGCAAUCAAUAUAUUGUACCAGCAAAGACCAUCAGCUUGGGGUUUGGAGCAGCCCCCCUCCACAGUGUGUUUCUGCCAGUAGAUGCACAACCCCAGAAAUUGAAAACGGGAUUAGAGUAUCAGGAAAUAGGACUUUAUUUUCUUUAAAUGAGAUCGUGAGAUUUCGAUGUCGGCCUGGUUUUUUCAUGAAAGGGUCCAACACUGUGCAAUGCUGGCCCAACAAUACAUGGGUGCCUGAGCUGCCAAGCUGCUCCAGGGCAUGCCCACCUCCGCCCAAGAUGCACCAUGGGCAUCACAUUGGAAGACGUGUAUCUCUGUAUCUUCCUGGGAUGAUAGUCAGUUACACUUGUGACCCAGGCUACCUGUUAGUGGGAAAAGCCUUCAUUUUCUGUACGCACGAGGGAACCUGGACCCAGUUUGAUCAGUAUUGCAAAGAGGUAAAAUGUAGCCUCCCACAAUUCAUGAAUGGAAUCCGAAAGGAGUUGGAAAUGAGCAAAGAAUUUCAAUAUAGAGAUAAUGUAACCUUGGAGUGUAAAGAUGGAUAUACUCUGGAAGGCAGUCCCUGGAGCCAAUGCCAGUUGAAUAACACAUGGCAUCCACCUCUGGCCAUAUGUACAUCUCGUAAGGGCCCACGUAAUGUUCUCGCUAUUGGUGUGUCCUUUGGUGGUGUCUUUAUCGUAGCCAUCAUUGUUUCCUGUUGGAUGAUUCUAAAGCGCAGAAACAGCAGUAAUACAGAUGAAAAACCUAAAGAAGUGAAUAUCUGUUUACAUCCCCAAGGAGGCAGCUGUGAUCAUGCUCAAAGUCUGCAAACAAAUCAGGAACAUGGCAGUGUCCUUCCUUCACAAAAUACUAUAAAGCCAGAGAACAGCUUGAAUUGAAAUGAUCGUUGGAAAGGAGUCAAUUUAUUUCAACAAAGGAAGAUCUGAGGCUCAUAAAAUCCUUGAAGUGACUUCACAGAGAUGCCAACAUGCGCAUGUGAAGAGGCUGAAGCUCUCCCAAUUCCUAAGGAAGCUCCCUCCUGGUAGUUUGGACACUGUCACCCCACCUUCUUUCUUUGCGCUGAAAGCACACACUGUCCAGUCAGGAAAAGACUGCACUUAGGACAUAGAAAUAGUCUCAGUUGCUUAAAGGAAGAAAGUGUUGUCUAGGAUUUCUGUUUACAAGUUUGUCAUUUUUCUUUGUUAGUUUUAAUUGUUUAUAUAAAUGACCCUUGAACAAUGUGGGGGUUAAGUGGUGCCACCUAAGUGGAAAUGCUGUUUCCGAACAGCAGUUUGCUGAAUCCUGAAGGCAAA